AUGGAACCGUUCAACUCAUGCUUCUCAUCCCUCCAGACGCUGUACGCAGCAGAAUUGACGCGAGGAUUGCCUUUGAUACCCGUUUCCGACCUCACGAUGAAGCUCGCCACCUCAAUCCUCGCCAUGCUCGGCCUUGCUGCCACCACCCUUGCGUGUACCGCAUCACAAGGUUGUUGCUGGAACAACGAGGAAGCAUGCAGGAACCAGCACAAGAGCUGCAAGGGCAUCGCUGGCAACUUUGGCGACUGCCCAUGUGAUGAGGACUCUUACAAGGCAGACUUCUGCAAGGGCUUCGACUGCAAUGGAGCUGACUGCUGCGACACCACGACGCACUGGGGACGAGGCUGCCCUUAG